AUGCGGGGGCGAAUGUCGUCAAUGUCUCCGCCAUCAGACGAACCGGAUUGUCAGAACGCCAGCUUCGACGACGCUCAGACCAAAGUCGAAACCACGAAGCAAACUCCUGGUGAGCUUCAAGCUCGAUCCAGAGGCGUUCCUGGACAGAGACAGCAACACAAAGCCCCAACGUUUCAAACCGCAGACUCAAAUGGAGAAGGAAAGAAGCUCCCAGAAUUGAAGAUUGAGGAUCUACCGUUGAGACCCAAUGAAGUCUGGGACCGCUCUAGUGCGAUAAAUCUCUGCACGUUGUUCAACCAGCACCAAGCGAGCAUGCCCUCACGCGUUCGCCUCAAGUUACUCCAUCUACUCAAAACUGGCCAAUUCAAACAUAAUGACCAGUCGAUAUGCAGCCCACUCAAGCACCAACUCAGCCUACAGAUGUAUGACGAGGAUGCUGGAGAGCCGAAAUGGAUCAAUGCCACUUACGAAAGGUGGUUUAUCCUAGUUGGUAUCUACGGGUACGCUACGCUUAGAAGCAAGGCCAGCGGCCUUUGGAAAGCUGUAAUAAUGCGCUAUGGUGAGCGCCUUGACACUGAAUUGGCGUUUAAGAAGUCACCAGACGAGACCGGAAGUCUUUUGCGCCCCUUUCUUUCACAGCUGGGCGAGGAAGUGUCUAUGUGGACUCCCACGAUUCAACAACAUGGAUACAUGCUACGGCAGCAUGAGCAAAUCAUACGAACACAGUCCGCCAUGAUCCAACAGCUUCGAGAGGCAAAUUCUAACCAGCAGAAGCAGAUCGAUCAACUGAAGGCAAUUGUGGGGGUUCAGGUCCAUACACGCCCCCAGGGAAACAUGACAGGCAGGGACAAUAACAUCAACCGGGACGGUGGGGCAUCCAAUGCAGAUAUUGGCAGCGAUGAGAGCUCGCCCCAACAAUCUAAGAUACCGAGCAAGCGAGCCCGUCACAUUUGGGAGGCAGGGAGGACGUCAGAGUAA